AUGUGGGCCUGCGCGGACAAUUUGCGGGAGGAGCUCGAGCAGGCGCAGGAGCUUUUGGCCACCCGGGACCAUGGACUCAGCGCUUGUGAAGAGAGCUGCACCAGCUCUGAGGGCAUUCUGCAGCAGGCGGAGUCGGAGUUGGACAGCUGCAGGCAAGAGCUGAAGGCAAUGACCUCGGAGGAUUUGGACAGCAUCCGCCUGGAGAUCGAGAAGCGGAAGCAGGCGCUGGCGCGCGCAGAGCAGGGCACGGCAGACACCGUGGCGCUGCGCGCCAACAUCGGCGCGCAGAUGCCGGAGGUGAGCGCCAUGUUGGAGGACCGUCGGCUGGCAGCGGAGAGGGCGACAGAUGAGGCGGUGGCGGAAGGCUCGCGAGAGCUCUCGCUUGGCCCGCUCUCCCUUCCACAUCUCACGGAUUUCCAUGAAAAGGGAACCGACGCGCAUUUUCCCGCUAUGAAGCAGCGGCUCCGUCGAGUGGACUCCUUCGAGGAGAUCAGGAAGGCUGGCCUCUUUCGUGGCGUCGGGAUUCUCCAGGUGCUCCAGUAUCAGGCCUUUGUUUUCCGUGACGGUUUGCAUGGUGUGGUGGGUGCCGGCACUUUGACGGCUUCCAUCGACGGCUUCGACGCGGAGUUUGAGGCGACAAGAAAGGUUGAUGAGGUGGAUCUAUUUAUCAGCCACACUUGGAUGUCAGACCGCUGGUUGAAGUAUGCCGCCAUUUGCUUUCAUUUGAACUUCAAGCUCGCCGUGGGCAUUUCGAUUGGUGCCUGGAUGUCAGUGAUUUGCUACCUUGCCGCAACUGGCAUCAGCGCUUGGGGGGGUUGCAGGUAUCUUGUUCUGGUGGGUGUCUAUGCUCCCACGCUGCUCUUCUUCCUUGUGUUUUUCCUGGGUCACAAGUUGAGCAGCCUCGCGCAUGAGCUCCCUACAGUCUGGCUAGACAAGGUUUGCAUCCAUCAGACCAAUGAGGCCAUGAAAGCACUGCAGGUGAACGCGCUACCCGUGUUUGUGGCACGUUCUCGGGAGAUUCUUGUGCUGUGGAGCGAUACCCUGUUUGAGCGUCUCUGGUGCUGUCUGGAGUUGGCAACUUUUGCAAAGUACGGGGAUGUGGAAAGCAUGCGGUUCGCGCCGCUAUGGCUGGCGCCUUGGCUGCUGUCGUCGGUGCUCCUGGAUCUUGCCAGCACCUCACUCUUGGAGGUCCUUGAGAUACUUAUUCCAAAUUGGACCUCGUUCUUCAUGAAACCGCUGAACGGCUUCUUUGCAGAGGUAUUCCAUGUAGAGGAAGGCUCUAGACUGGCGGGUUUUCUGGCCGCCUUGGCGAUCUGGUGUUUGUCAGGGCUCUGCUACCUGCCGGCAUCGAUUCCCGGAUGUGUGGCCUUCCAGCGAAAGCUUUGCAAUCACAAGCUCAUGCUCGAGCAAAUGUCGAGCUUUGACAUCCGCGAAGCAAAAUGCUCAGUUGCCAGCGAUCGCCAGCUCGUUGAAGAUCAGGUGGUGGAACUGUGGAGGCAUGAUGUAGACAGCCCGCGGGCAGGACCGCUCGCAGAAUCUCGGGUCAGCGGGGAUGCUGAGGAGGCCCUUGAUCGCUUCAACGCCUACAUCCGGGGGCCUUUGCAAGCUGCUGUUGUGGAGAGUAUCGGACAUGAGGCCCAUGUGCCGUACUACCUCUGCGUGGUUGCCUUCUUACCUAUGAAUUUCUAUUCGCUGGUGAACACUCUGGGAUGUGACAGCGGACCCUGUGAAACUUCAGCCAGGAAUGCCGGUUUUGACUCAGUGGAGUCGUAUUUGGGCACGCAGGCGCUGGCAUGGUUGCUGUGCCUGCUUCUCACCUUUCCUCUCACCCAGCCUGUUCUCUUAAGGUGUGUCCGGCUGGCGAUGUCCUGCACGGAAGGUCACCAUCUGAAGACAUUUCUGACAGCUUUGUGCUGCCCUGUCGCCUAUGCCUACUCCUACAUCUGUGGGGGUGCGAUAUGGGGGUUGGCCUUUGCUACCGUUCAAAACUAUUCUCCUGCGUGGCUCGCUGCGCUUGUGUUCUACCUCACCUUUCUUGUGGCGCAAGCCUUUUUGCUCUUCAGAAGCCCUUUGUCUGCUACGAGCUAUCACACCGACGCCAGCCAGAAAUACUGCUGCUCGGGGCGGCAAAUCGUUUCGCAGUACGAGGAAGUUCGACCCAUGCUUCCGUCGGCAUUUGCCACCUCCGGAGAUAUCGCCACGCGGCAGCCGCGCGCCUCCUUGACGCUGGCAGGGCCGGCGGCCACGUCUCUGGCGGUGGACGCCGAGCAGCUGCAGAAACUCAGCGAUGAGCUGGGCUCCUCCAAGGUGGAGGCUGCCAGCAUGGCAUCUCAAGCGCUGAAGCUAGGUAAAAACCUGGAAGAUGCAUCGGAAAAAGCGGCGUACUGGAGGCGGAGGCAUGAGGAGGCGGAGUCUGCAGAGGCGUCCUCUCCUCUCCAGCCUGAAGAGGCGCAGGAGCGCGAGUCAAGCGAGCCCAGCGACAGGCCUCGGAUCCUGCGAGUGGAGGCGGAGAUUCGCUCGGAGGAGGAGCAUGGUCCGGACGUGUCAUAUGGCCCCGAGCACCGGUGUGGAGGGCGUGUCUUAAAAUGA